AUGACGAUACCUCAGCUAACAAGGACGCUCCGGGCAUUCUCAACUCAACUACGCAGAUCGUUCACAACUACCACCCAUGCACUUGCCGCCAAGCAACCAGUAAGCUCCACCCAUGGCACCGCCACCACCAGAACAAUCCUAGGACGUCCAUCCAACAACUUGUCCACGGGGCUAGUAGGACUAGCAAACGUGGGCAAAUCCACGUUUUUCCAAGCCCUCACCCGGUCAAAGCUAGGCAAUCCAGCAAACUACCCUUAUGCCACCAUCGAGCCUGAAAAAUCACUCGUGCUAGUGCCCCUGGAUAAACUCUUGCACUACCAGAAAAUCUACACCCUGGCCAAAACGAUACCGACAAAUCUCACCAUAUGGGACAUUGCCGGCUUGACGCGUAACUCGAGCUCCGGUGCCGGGCUAGGGAACAAGUUCUUGGGCGAUAUAAGACAAGUAGACGGGAUUUUGCAAAUUGUGCGUGGAUUCGUUGAUGAUGAUAUUAUCCACAUUGAAGACAAUAAAGUUGACCCGGUGCGUGAUUUAGUCAUUGUGACUGAUGAGUUGAUACUCAAGGACUUGGAAAUUAUUGAAAGUGAAGUUGAAAAGACAAAGAAACACAUGAGAAAGCCCGGCCAGAAACAGGUUGGCGAGGAGCAAUUGAAGACGUUGGACAAAUUGAGCGAUUUGCUCUACGAGGGCCAAAAAGUGGUCAAUGGAGAAUGGUCAGCAGAGGAAGCUGAUUUCAUCAAUGGGCUCAACUUGCUAACGGCAAAGCCCACCCUUUACUUGCUCAACGUCAACGAGCAAGACUACGUGCGGCAAGACAACGCCUUCCUUGCGCAAGUUCAAGCUUGGAUAACUGAAAACUGCCCCCAGGAUAAACUCAUGCUCUUUAGCGCGCAACACGAGCGCAAGUUGAACGAGCUCGAAGGGGUUGAGCUUGAAGAGCAUCAAGCCGCGUACCCGCGGGAAUCAGUCAUCCCUCAGGUUGUGGACCAGAUGCGCAAAGUGCUCAACUUGAUUUCAUUCUUCACGUGCGGUCCCCUCGAAGCACGGCAAUGGACGGUGCGCCAGGGCAGCACCGCUCCCGAGGCUGCCGGGAUCAUCCAUUCCGACCUCCAAAAGACAUUCAUCAACGCCAUCGUUUACAAAUGGGACGAUUUGGAGACGUUGCAGGAGUUUGACGAGGCCAAGUUGAAGAGCAAGGGGAAGCAAUAUAGACAGGGCAAGAGUUACGUGGUUGAAGAGGGCGACGUCCUAAUUGUCAAGGCUGCUGGUGGUAAAUCUAGGUAA